UCUGGAUUCUGUUUUCCAAUCUUUUCAUCGUUUUCGUGUGAAGUUUAAAGAAGUUUGGGACCCGUAAAUUCUAGAAGCUCUGGAGAUUUCUUGUUCACCACUAUAAAUACAUCAUCCGAGUCACCAGCUUUGCUCAGAAGUAGAAAUCGAACUCGCCGGAAAAUCGUAAUUAGCUAUCUCAGCAUUCCAAACAUCUCUUUCGCUUUCGAAAUCAAAUCGAGAAUGUCGCUUAUUCCAAGCUUCUUCGGCAACAACAGGCGAAGCAACAGCAUCUUCGACCCGUUCUCACUCGACGUUUGGGAUCCAUUCAAGGAACUGCAAUUCCCGUCGUCGCUCUCCGGAGAAACAUCGGCGAUAACGAACGCACGUGUGGACUGGAAAGAGACGGCGGAGGCGCACGUGUUCAAGGCCGAUCUGCCGGGGAUGAAGAAAGAGGAGGUUAAAGUGGAGAUAGAGGACGACAGUGUGCUCAAGAUCAGUGGAGAGAGACACGUGGAGAAAGAGGAGAAGCAGGACACGUGGCAUCGUGUGGAGAGGUCGAGCGGGCAAUUCUCGAGGAAGUUUAAGCUGCCGGAGAAUGUGAAGAUGGAUCAAGUCAAGGCUUCCAUGGAGAACGGAGUUCUGACUGUGACGGUGCCUAAAGUGGAAGAGGCUAAGAAGAAGGCUCAAGUUAAGUCUAUUGAUAUCUCUGGCUAAAGCCAAUUAGCUUAUGGGUUUCAUGUUUAUGCGUAAAGACUCUUCUGAUUAUGGCUCUUGAUUUGAAUAUGGCUCUGUGUUUUGGUAAUGAUGUAUUAUAACUGUUAAUCCUAAUAAUUAAGCAAGGCCUUUAUAUUCUCGUUUCAAUUGCUUUUUCUGAAG